AUGCGAAUUAAAUAAGUUAAAAGGAGAGAUAGUAAAAGUGGAAAUACAAGAUUCAGUGCAUUAAAUAUUUAAGUGAAAUGUUAAGAGUUUUAAGAGGAUUAAGGUUAUGCAUCCUCUUUGGGAGAGACAGAUCAUACAAAUUAUUAAUAGAAUUAAUCUCAUUAUACUAUAACAUAAUCUUCAAUUAAUUAUCCAUCAAAAAUAUUAGUAGGUUAAAAAUUAUCAUUAAGACCAUCUACACUUGAAAAUGUAUAAGGAUUAGAGCCAUAAGAAUCUUUAAAAGAAUAAUAAUUUAGAGAAAUUGAUUAAAUAUUUAUUAGAGCUGGUAAUCCAAAAGCUACUACUUCUACAGCAGGAUUUGGUUAUAAAGAAUAAACUUCUUAAAAAAGUCCACAAACAGAAAAUGUUAAUAAUACUAUAGAUGAAUAAUAAAUUGAAGAUUCAAGUAAUGAAAGUUCAUCAUUUUCUGAUGAUUAAGUUUCUGGUACUUCAAGAUAAACAUUAGAUUAAAAAUUAAGACCAAUGAAAUAAAGUAAUAAUAGAUCUGAAAAGUAUUCUCAAUAUAGAAGUGGUGUAAGUAGUAUUUCAAUGAAUAAUACUCCAAAACAUUCUUAGUUAUCAAUUUUAAAUACUUUCACAUUAAAAUCAGAUAUGAAUAACAAUUUUCAAUAAAGUGGAGGAACCAAUCAUGGUUCACAAAAAAUAAUUAGUCCAUUACAUUUGAGAGAAAAAGAAGAUAGAUAAAAUACAUUAACAAUACCAGGAGGUAAUAAUACAUUAUAAGUUCCAUCUAAAAAAAGUUUAAUAAAUCCAAUAUCUUAAUUAAAUUAUGAGAUGUCUCCUUUUGUUGCAUUUCCUCAACAUGUAAAAUAUCAUAUUUAAUAAAGCAUCCUGCAAUUUAUAAUGAAUUAUAAUGGAGUCCUAUAGAGAUUGAUAAAUAUGAAAUUUACAAAAUAUUUUAUCCAAAAUACAAUAUUGAUGUAGUUUUAGAGAGUUAUCAUAAAGAAAAUGCUUAAAAGUAGAAGUCAAAUAUUAAAGAGUUAUUUAAAUUAAAUACUUUUUGA